GGCAAUUCAUUUAUUACUUCAUUCAUUAUAUUAGUUUAUUAAUUGCCCCCUGGCCUCUUGUCAUUUUGAAAAAGUGGCCCCCUGGCAAAGCAAGUUGUGUACCCAUAUGAUAGCAGACUUAAUGCGCUUCAUGUUACAAGAGAGCCUCUUUGUUCAGUUUAGGUCCACUAUAAUAACAUUUCUUUAAAAAGUUAAAGACUGACACAGAUGUAAAUUGCUCUUUUUGUGAGUUGCACCCUGAAAGUUGCUGUCAUUUGUUUUGGUCUUGUUGUUCACCUCCGCUCCGGCAGAGGGCAGCACCGCACCGUCUUUAUGUUUUGAGAGUCAUGUUUGCGGAAGUAUAUUCACGAGGGGUUUAUGCGUGUAUGGCAUGACUGUGGGUGUUGUUAGUUUUGGUGAAGUGGCUCCUCUGUUGUAAAAUAACGGAAUAGAAAUUAAGUAACUCCGGUGAGCAGCAGUGGACAGUUGAAGUGUUACACGCGCGUCAGUGUGUGUUAACUUGUGUCUGGUUGUGUGAACAUCUUUGGGGAAGAACAAGCUAGAGAUACUGGUUAAAAGGGACACAGUGUCUGUGAGCAUGGCCCGACCUCUCCAGGUCCUCUCCCUGCUCUCCAGGCUCGGUGCUCUGUCAGUGAUGCCUCCUGUGUCUAUGAACAGCUGUCGGUUUGCGAGCAGAGGAGCCAGUAAGGCGUGGAGGGGACAGAGCCAUGUGCACAGAGACAGAGCACCAAACAGAGCUCCUGCAGACGCUGAUGAGAUGUCUGAUGAUGAACUUGGGGUAGAGGAUGUGGAGGACAAGCUCCAGGCCUUGGUUGAUGAGGGGAGGAAGAGACAGAAGACUGUGAAAUAUCAUAUACUGAGGAGGCAGAUGACUCCAUCAGGAGCUCCGCAGAGGAAGCUGACCUGGGAUGCUAUUGAGCAGAUCAGGUAUCUGAAACAGGAGCAACCAGAAGAGUGGACAGUAGGGCGUCUGGCUGAAGGCUUCUCUGUUACCCCUGAUGUCAUCCUGAGAGUCCUCAGAAGCAAGUUUGUCCCUGUCCCUCAAAGAAAAGCCAAGCAGGAUGCCAAAGUAAUGGCUGAACUCAGACAGCAGGUGCUGCCUUCAGGUGCUGGAACAGAGCAAGACAGGUUAAAGCUGCCUGGAAACCGCACAUCAGCUGCACUCCCACCUGGAAGCACUAAAGGAGCAGUGGUGCCUGUGGCUGACAGGACUUUAAUGCUUCGGGAUGAAGGCUCAGGUUCCCUCGCUAAGAGUCCCGCUGCCCCUGUCACUCUUCUGCCCACCCAGUUCAGACCUGGUAUCAGUAAAGAUGUCCCUGCGGCAAGAUCAGAGGAAGAGGACAGCAUUUCUCACACAAAUCCUACAGAGGAGGACGAAGAGGACGAGGAGGGCUGGGAUGGAUGGCUGCUGACAGAGGAAGAGCUUGAAGAGUUCAUAGAAAUGGAAAAGCCUCAUCCGGCGAUGCAAAUUGGAAAUGACUUCUUUGAUGCCGAGGGCAACUUUUUGUACAGAAUCUGAGGGCCUCCUGUCUUAAACUGUUAGCUCACAAUGUUUGAUGCUCAGGUUGGCAUCAUAACACCUGAUAAUAAUCUGCCCAGUGACUUUCUGACAUAUUAUUAAAGAGGCAAAAUAAAAGAUCAAAGAUUG